ACACAUUGAGAGUCAGACAAAACCACCACUUCCACUGAGAGAGGACAGCUACAUGAGGGAUUACUGGGAAUACUGGUAUUCUGGGAUAUGACCACUUCUACAUGCUGCCACAAACUGAGUUUGACAAGAACAAAGAGAAGUGAAGGUAACUUUCAGGAACGUUACUGAAGGACGGAGUGGCUGACUGUUUCCUGUCGGAGCGUCUGCUGCUGUGACUUCAGCUUCACUCAGAGACUAAAUGGCUUCCAGAUUAGAGGACGAUCUCUGCUGUCCUGUCUGCCAGGACAUCUUUAAAGAUCCUGUCAUCCUGUCAUGUAGCCACAGCUUCUGUAAAGGCUGUCUGCAGAGCUGGUGGACAGAGAGAGGAAGUCAGGAGUGUCCAGUUUGUAAGAGGAGACAUUCAAAGGACGGACUGCCUCCUAACCGGGCGUUAAAGAACCUGUGUGAGAGUUUCCUGCAGGAGAGAGAUCAGAGAGCUUCAGAGGCUCUCUGCAGUCUGCACUCUGAGAAACUCAAACUCUUCUGUCUGGACCAUCAGCAGCCAGUGUGUGUCGUCUGCAGAGAUUCAGAAAAACACAGCAACCACAGAUUCAGACCCGUCGAUGAAGCUGCACGACAACACAAGAAGGAACUUCAGGAAACUCUGGAGCCCUUAAAGGAGAAGUUAAAGGUUUGUAAACAAGUUAAAGUGAAGUUUGAUCAAACAGCAGAACACAUGAAGGUCCAGGCCCGACACACAGAGAGGCAGAUUAAGGAGCAGUUUAAGAAGCUUCAGCAGUUUCUAGAAGAUGAACAGGUGGUCAGGUUGGUGGCACUAUGGGAGGAAGAGGAGCAGAAGAGUCAGAUGAUGAAGGAGAAGAUGGAGGCUCUGAGCAGAGAGAUAGCAGCUCUUUCAGACACAGUCAGAGCCACAGAGGAGGAGCUGAGAGCUGAAGACGUCUCAUUCCUGCUCAGCUACAAGGCUGCAGUGGAAAGAGUCCAGCAGCGCCCCCUGCUGGAUGAUCCACAGCUGCCCUCAGGAGCUCUGAUAGACCAGGCCAAACACCUGGGCAACCUGACCUUCAACAUCUGGAACAAGAUGAAGGACAUGGUCUCCUACACUCCUCUCAUUCUGGACCCAAACACUGCUUUUCCAUAUCUCACCCUGUCUGAAGAUCUGACCAGUGUGAGACGAGGAGAGGAACUAGAGCUUCCUGACAAUCCAGAGAGGUUUGUAUACAGCUGGUCUGUCCUGGGCUCUGAGGGCUUUAACUCAGGGACUCACAGCUGGGAUGUCGAGGUUGGAGACAGUACAGACUGGAUACUGGGUGUGUUAGCAGAGUCUGUCCAGAGGAAGAGUGACAUACUGUCUGGAUUAUGGAGUAUGUGGUCGUAUAACAGUGAAUACUCAGCAGUAUCCCCUUCAGCUCCAUCCACUGAUCUCAGAGUGCAGAAGAAGCUCCAGAGGAUCAGAGUGAAUCUGGACUGGAACAGAGGAAAGCUGUCGUUCUCUGAUCCUGACACUAACACACACAUACACACCUUCACACACACUUUCACUGACAGGAUGUUUCCAUUUGUUAGCACUUUGGAUUAUCGCCCACUGAAGGUUUUACCAGUGAAGGUCUGUGUGACUGUAGAACAGAAACAGAAGGUGGGUUUGAGACCCUGUGGUUUACGUUUGGAUCAUUGAUUAUAUAUUUAAAGUGAAUUUUCUGUGUAUUAGAUCGGCAGCUAAAACUUGAAUGACUUGAUUGAUUUGUUUAUAGAACUGAAGUUGACAGAUGUGAGGCUUUUACAUUGUCAACCGUCAUGUGUUUCUGUGCUGCUGCACUCAGUAGAUUAAAACUUCUCAUCUCAGGGCUUCCAAUACCAACGCUUUCAGACAGAGUGACAAAGCGUAGUUAUUUGAUGCUAAAGGUAGGCUACCCUUUAGCAUCUGUGUGAGUCGGCCCUUGAUGCGUCUCAUGCAGAACGGAAGUGCUACCAUAACCAUCGCCAUAAAAGCGUCGGUAAUGACGCGCUGAGAUGAGAAUGCGUUGAUAUUUUCCUAAACCUAACCAAACUGCGACGUUUCACAAUGUUUCUAACCAGAUGUUGCAUGUUUAGUCUUGCUUAAUUGAUUGUGGAGGCCUACAUGUACAACAGCGAGGCUUAAAAUGUGACGACGAGGGGUCUUGACAAAGCGUGACGCCCUAGGAAAUUGAUUGAAAAACAAAAUAGAUGAAGAGUGACAGGCAUGUAUCUCAUUAGUCUGUUUGCUAUUUCUAUUAUUUGAAUCCAUACGUGGCUUAAUGUUAUGUGUAUUAUUGUAUGCUGAUGUGUAUUUUGUGUCAUGGGUACUAUUGGUUAUUUCGUUGUUUAAAUGGUCUCCGUAAAAUAAAUAAAUUUGUCAGCAGUAUAGUUCCAGUUUAGAGUUUAAAGUUUCAACCUUUGUUAUUUGGAACAAAUGUGGUGGUUUAUUAUCAGAAAACCAGAUUGACUAACUUCAGUAAAAGUGGCACAUGUGACGCUGGGACAUUUGUAUCAUGUGUGGACAGAAGAAAAGACCUUUUUCACUGUGUUUGUAAUAAAUUAAGUUUUAGAGGGAGAUUAAAUAGCUCUGGAGAAGUGAGUCAUUUGAGAUUAACACCCUGAUAAAUAUCUCACAUGUAGAACAGAUGGAGUAUUUACAGUAUAUAUUAGGGCUCCGUAUUGAUAAGGACCUCACGAUAAGAUUAUAUCACGAUAUAUAUAUUACGAUGUCAUACAUAUUGCGAUGCACUGCAAUAUUCACACAAAUGAUUCACUGAAAUCUUUUAAAAAUUGAGCUGAAAAUACAAUUUGCUAGUCUAUUAAUUAAUUAAUCUGCACAUCACAUAAUAUUGAUAACUCAUCCUGUUAAGUGAGUUCGCAAGUUUGUUGUUUUCCCUGAAUACUUUACUGUAGUAUAUCAAAACAAGCAAAUGGCAUUUGUUUUAUCUAAAUCAUUACUCCCUGUUAUGUUUUUAAACUAGGUCAAAGGUCAGCUUUGAAAUAUGAAGUCACUGCGUUAAUAAUUUCUGCGUUUGAAGUAUUGGCAGCCAGCCCACAGUGACAUUUUAAAUCAGUUAAAAACUUGAACAAUGAAUUGAUGAUUGAACUAUAUUCUUAAUUUCAUAUAUCCAUUCCCUGUCUUAUAAUAUAAAAAUCACAGUGUUCAGGUGUAUCGUUUUUUUUUUGUACAGCAGUUGUGUACUGUAUAUAUUUAUUUCCUACAUUUUUACUUUUGCAAUAUUAAAGUCUUUGUCUUACAUUCUCUUUUUCUUAUUUACGUGUGUGACUUUCUUUGUUUGAGUCUGUUUGAUUCUCUUCACUGUAAAUAUGCAUAUGACAAAUAAAGAACUUUAAAGUAGUGUUGUUUGUUUUAUAACAAAGUAUUUGAAAAUGGAGAUUUAUUUGAUGUGAAUAGAUGUAUAAUAGAUUAUAAUUUAGGUUUGCAAGCUACAAAAUGCAUUUUUAUUAGAAUUAUGAAGGUGUUAAAUAUGAUAAGCUAAUCAGUGAUGAUUGAACUGAAUACA